AUGACCGGUUCCACUGAGGGAAACGGUCCCUCCUACAUCUCCUCUCAUUCUGCCGAUGUAAUCCUCUCUGACAUUCGACCUAUAAAGCUCAAAAUCGAGGCUCUGAAAUCCAUCAAUGUCCUCCUUGAUGAGUUUCUCUACAACAUUCUUAGCGCCUCACACUCUCUUUCCACGGACAAGCUCAGAGCGAGUCUACUCAGCCUACUUCCGACGAGUCUUGGGAAAGAAGCACUACUGGAAGCCGAGGUUGAGUUGAGGGCGUAUUGGGAGCGUACAGCGCCAGCAGGCAUAACGCCGCCGCGAGAAGACGAUUCUCGGACUUUCAACCUUCAGUGGGCCUUCGAGCUCUUACGUCUCAAAUGCGAGGCAUUUUCAACAUUGAACGAAGCCGACGAAGAUCCAGGCACUGAAACUCAUAUCAAUGAACGCCUCGGAAGGUCUGGUGCUUCCCCGCCUAAGGCGGCCCUCGUGGCUCCAGCAGCCCUAUAUUUGACAGCCAUCCUUGAAGCGACCUGCGAGCAUAUUCUAUCGAACGUGGGACGCGUCGCUGCGCGCGAUAGCAGCCGAACGAGUGCAACUGUCAACGACUUAUUCGUUGCCUUGUGUGAAGACGAUUCCAUAUAUUGUCUGUUUCGGGCCAUGAAAGUAUAUGACCAGAUUGAACAACUCUCUAAAAACCCAAAAUCAAGACGAAGUAAAUCAUUCUCACGCACUGACAAAGCCUCCAGCUCUCGCACUUCUUCUCCACAUCACGAACUGGCUCUGGUUAACUCUCUGACUGGCUCGCGUUCUCGUCAAUCUUCAGAAGGUUCUGUCAUGACAACCACCGUCACCGCUUCCACUGUUGGUUCGAGAUCGUCGUUUGACAAAACAAGAGCCAUGAGGAUGUUUGUAUCGAACAGCAAGGCAUCGCUUGAAAGAGAUGGGAGCCAGAAUAGGCACAAGAAAUCGGAAUCUGUGAUGAGCGAAAAUUCGCGGCAAAUAGGACCUGAAGAGAAUGAUGUUGCGGAGGAUGUCGCCAUGCUUCAAGAGUUUGAUGAUUUGAUGCGUUCUACAUCAACGAUGAAGGUGUCCCUAACUCCUGACCGGCUCAAAACAAUGGAGGUGUACAAACAAGAAAAAGAUCAACGCAGUAAUCGGAGGCCUGUGCCGCUGUCCUUCAAACCUGAAACAGAGCCCCCUUCUUCUCAUACGCCCCAAGGAACUUCUCUUCGCCACGUCGACUCCAUUGUCGAGGACGACGAGGAAAGCUCCUCACCAAAGCAAUUCCGAACCCAUCGAAUUCGCCAAGCCAGUGUUGCAACUCCGCCAAGUGCCUCCUCCUCCACUGUCCCAAACCGUACUCGCUCGGUUUCUGCAAGCGCUGGAAGUCGUAACGUAGCCAGAACACCCGUCCGCUCACCCAACGGGAACGUCCCAUCCUCAUUCCUCCCACCCGUCGCUUCUCCGCCUCCGUCUUCCAACGCUAAGAUGGUUCAGAGUCGUGAGCAUCUCAUGCAUCGCGGCCGAGAAGAUAGUGGUUUUCCUUCAAGAACUCGCAUCAUCCAGAAGAAUCGUGAAUCCCUUGAUCUUGACGAUGUAAUGGGAGGUUCUGACGACGAAGAGGAUCUCAGCUUUACUUCAGCAAAGGUAAAACCCAGACAACCUGUCUCCCCAAAACGUUCCACAACUACGCAUCCCGUCUCAGCUCGAACUCGAGAAUUGAUGGACUUCUUAGCUGAAGGACCCCCUGAGCCUCCCGUAUCGAAGGAGGGGAAAGAGUUGCUCGAUUUUCUUGCGCAGGGCCCCCCCAGUCCCCUUUACAACUCCAGCGCUAUUUCGCUCGACUCUAAACCUAAGGCGGGCCGGCUGCAAAGAAUGAUUUCAAAGUUAAAUCUAGGUAAUCCAGAGAAAGCUAAGGGAUCCUCAAGUAGUCCACUCAAACCUGCACAACUCAGCACAGGGAGGCAAGGCGUUGAACGUAGUCCCAUGCAACACAAAUCUUCCACUGCUACUCUCUCCUCCUUGGCUAAUCGGCCGAUACCUCCUCGCCCACCUCGCCCUAUUUCGCCUCCUUCCUCUCCUUCUCCAUCGCGAGGUUCGUUCGACGAGAAUUUCGCUGGUGGAUCUCCUCGCACCCCAUUCGUUCCUCAGGAGGCCGCUGCCGUCAAGGGCAACCUGGCAAACUCCGUUCCAACAAUACCCCACACGAAUAAAGAAGUACAAGAAAAACCCUUAAGUCGGGCAUUAUCCUCCCCUGUUAAUGGCAACGGGAAUACCAAAAAUGGUUAUAGCGUGGUCCCUACCAAUGAUACCCUUCCCAUUAUACCUUCACGGACUACUUCGCACCCAGCAUCGCCCACCCGAAAGCCCGUCCCUGCGAUUUCCCCCUCAGUCAUGACCACUGAUCCCCCCGCGACUACCCCUACUAUCACUUCUCAGGCGCUGUCAGCCACAGAUGCUCGCGACAUGCAUCGUCUUCUUUCCAGUGCUACGACUGCCGAUGAGUGUCGUAUCAUCUUCGACAUGUUUCUAGCAAGGUCUGGAGUUGCUGGCGAGCCGAAACCCAUGGUUGUUCCGUAUCCUUCGCCAUCGCCUUCUCUCGUGAAGCAAUCCCAUUUUACUGCCAAGGAAACCUCUUUGGAAACCUCCCUGGUGGAACUUCUACUUGGUGGAAGUGCUGUCUCUGAGGUCCCACCACGCCCACGACGUCAACGCCCUUCGAAGCCAGAAGAUUCCUCAUCUACAUGAUGUUGUCAAGAGAUGAAUUCUAUCCCCGGAAUUUCAAAGAUCCACGACUUCCCAUCUGCACAAAGCCAUUCCGUUACCCCGGAAUUUGGUGGACAACAUCGUAACGUUCCCACUCCUCUAUACCUAUAUAUCCCCUGCUAAGAUUCGUUCGUAUCUGGAACUCCUUUGUUUUAUUGUAUUACUCAGCAGUAGCGCGUUGUUCGAGUACCUCCUUACAAACCCCUCCAUUCUUUUUAAGUACUUGUUCUUGACUGAGAUAAUUGUAAUGUGUUGAUGCAAUCACUACUGGUUUGGUGU